GAGCGAAGAAAAAGGUCGCUUGAUGACGUCCCAAGAGCUCCUGCUAAGCUUGGGGCUUCCAAGCUGGGGGCCAGCUGCUGCUGUGUCCGGAGUGGCCGGGGCCUCAAAGCUGCAGAUUCACCAAACCAGUCUGCACUUUCCAAUCAAGGAUGUGAUGGAUUUGCGUGGUAUUCCACACACUGCUUUGGAGCACGCUGCUGGAAACGGCAUGUGUGUGCCUGCUGUGGCCUUUGCCAUGUUGGUGGCAGUGCUAGCUUUGCAGCCGAAGAUCUGA